ACUGCUCGGAGCUCACAUACUCAGCAGACAAGAAGACAAGAAGCAGACAAGAAGCCCACUGUGACGUCACAAUGGGCUCCAUUUCUCAAGCAAUUACUGAAAUGGGUCUUGAUCUUUACAAAGAACUGAACAAAAAUGCUGCAAACAAAAACAUUUUCAUCUCCCCUAUGAGUAUCUCUACUGGCCUGGUCAUGGUCCUUUUGGGUGCCAAAGGUAACACUGCUACUCAGAUGCAAACGGGUCUUCAUUUGAAUAGAGCUGCAAGAAGUGCAAAUCUCGAAACUGGGCCUGUCUCUGAAAGUGGGAUGACAGAAGCUGAGCCAGAAUAUCUCAAAGAAGGGCAAUAUCAUCAACUUCCUCACUUCCCAAAGCCUUCUCCUUCACGAUGUGACUUGGUUGGAGGAAUCCACACAGAGUUCCAGACACUCCUUUCCCAACUGAAAAAUCUCAACAAGAGCUAUGUAUUGAGUCUGGCCAACAGUCUGUUUGCACAAAAAGGAUAUAAUUUUCACCAGCAAUAUUUAGAAUGCACUAAGGAAUUAUAUGGAGCAAUGCUGCAAACAGUCGAUUUUGAAAAUGCUACAGAAGCAGCCAGACAGACGAUAAAUUUCUGGGUUGAAAGCAAGACACAAGGUAAAAUCAGGGAACUCUUUGUUCCUGGUGUUAUUGACCCAACCGCUGUGCUGGUGCUAGUGAAUGCAAUCUACUUCAAAGCAACCUGGGAAUAUAAGUUUGAAGAAAAACACACAAUGCCAAAAGACUUUAGGAUAAACCAGAAUGAGAGCAAAUCUGUGCAGAUGAUGUAUCAAAAAGACAGAUUUAAAAUUGCCCAUAUACAGGAGAUGAAUGCUCAGAUUCUUAUGAUCCCAUAUGCUGGAAAAUCACUGAGUAUGAUCAUACUGCUACCCGAUGACAUCACUGGUCUGGAACAGGUUGAAAGGGCAAUGACUUAUGAGAAAUUAACACGCUGGACUUCCUUGGAAAGUAUGAGAGAGAGAGAAGUGGAGGUAUAUUUGCCCCGGUUCAAGCUUGAAGACACCUUUGAGCUCAACUUACCUUUACAAGAGAUGGGGAUGAUUGAUGUCUUUGAGGAAUCAAAAGCUGAUCUCUCUGGAAUGGCUCCCUCAAGGAAGCUGUUUCUGUCAAAGGUUGUCCACAAGGCCUAUGUGGAAGUUAAUGAGGAAGGCACUUUGGCAGCAGCUGCUACAGGAAGUGUUGUUGUUAACAGAUCCAAUCUAUCUGAUGGUCUGUUUAUGGCUGACCAUCCUUUCCUUUUCUUUAUCCAGCACAAUCCCACCAAUACCAUACUCUUCCUUGGAAAACUCUGCUGUCCUUGAAAUCAAGGCAAUUUUCUACCUCAGCAAGCACAGACAGAUUAUCUUAUAUUCUUCUACCCUGAAAUACUAGGAUAGGUUUCUUUUCUUAGUGCUUUUAUAAUCCUUUGAAAUAACAAGCUAGGAAUUUAGGUGAUAGCUUUUUAGACCCUUUCUCUAGAAAGGAGAGAAUUAGGGUCCAUAUCAGGGGCACAGGCCAUUCCCACAAAGCAGAAUCUCUUUUGCUAACAUAGGUCAGCAGUUCAGCCUGAGCUCAAACUCAAGAAGUAUUUGGCAUAGCACCUUCAUGCUUCUGAUCAGUGUAGUUAUAAUGGAGUCUUACUCUGUUACUAUACUUUUAAGCAACCUACAUACUACCCAAUUGCAGCUCAUGUGCCAUCUUUGAACUAGAUCUUUAACACCGUCAGCCACAUUCUUGGUCCCAACUAAGAACACUCAAUUGCAAAGCAGCCACACGGUUGCUGUGAGAGCAUAGCCAAGGACUCCUGUUGGUAGGUAUCUGGCCCUAUGUCACCUUCUCCCUCCCUCAUCCACAUAGGGUACGUCUACACAGCAAUUAAACACUUGAGUCUGGCCUGAAUCAGCUGACUGAGGUUCGCGGGACUAAAAGAGUUGUGUAGAUUUUUAGGCUUGGGCGGGAGCCCAAGCUCGGGACCUCAUGAGGGGGGGGAAGGGUCCCUGAGCCUGAAUGUCUGCACAGCAAAUUUUAGCCCCACAGCCUGAGCCCAAGGCAGCUGUAUGAAUACAUCUCCCUAGAGAACAUGGUGGGGUUAGAGAAAGGAAAAGUGACUAGUGCUCCACUGAUCCUGGUCCCUGUGUCACAGUUGUUACUGCAGCCCUUCCAAAUUAGAACAGUGAUUACAAUGCGUUAAAUCAUCAUAGGGGCUAUUUGGGGCCCUGGCCAGCCCAGUAUCAGGAGUAGAAAAAUGGUAGAGAAGGGUCACAUUUCUCCCUACCCCACUUUCUGCAGCUGUGUGCUAAGUCUGAACUUGAGUCAGAUGACCGUUCAGUCCUGUCAAUUCUCUUUUCUCAUUCAUGUUCAAAUAAGAAAUAUUUCCCUACAGC